UGGUCCCUUUUAUGUUGCGCAACUGGCACGGGAAUGAAGCCUCGGGUUUCAUUAAUUUUAAUAUUAAGGCGGAAGACUCGCAUACCUCUAUCAGAGGAGGGUCAAGGGGCCCCUGAGGCAGAAGCUUCUACAGUAGCAGUGACGGGGGUGACUGCCAGAGCGGAUCGCAUGGCAACAGUCCUUCUCGAUGGAAUGGAAGGUGUGCCUCCAAACAAAUUUUAUAUACUUGGUAGUGGGGCCGUGGAGACGAUUAUAAACGAUGGAGCGAUACUUGAUGCUGUGAUCGAUAACGGCAGUGAGGCUGUUAUCAUAGACGACGACCUGGCAGUGCAGGUUGGGCUGGGCCUCGAUAGGUCGUAUCUAUUCGAGAUAGAGACGGCUGAUGGUAGAAAGCAACAGAUCACUGGGGUUUAUCACAAGGCAGUCAUAGAAGUCCAAGGGGUACGAGUAAACCUGCCUGUCUUUGCAGUCAAGAACUGCAGCUCUGACCUGCUCUUGGGACGGACGUGGUUAAGCCACGUGCAUGCGGUGACGAUAGAGCGACCUGACGGGAGCCAAACAUUGUCCAUUAAGAAGCCAGACGGGACGCGAGUGAUGAUUGAGACGGUGGAGCCUCGGGACCCGAGGAACAGAGCAGCUCUCGCUGUGGGUGCAAGACCCAGUGAUCAGGUUAGGUCUUUACCUAUCUCCAGCCGCGCGGUGCGAUUUCGCGAGAAGGAGUAUGGACCACUGCUCACAGAGGAAGAAGGNAUUUCGCGAGAAGGAAAGGAGAAGGAAGAAGUUAUCGCUUUCCUGAAAGGGAAGAUGGUAUCCCAUGUCGCGGAGCCGUCUGAUAGUGCUUAUGCAAAUCGAUGGUUCUUCCUGCGUAAGCCGAAUGGCAAGAUCCGAUGGAUCCAGGACCUUCAGAAGGUCAACGAGGUGACGAUACGAGACGUGGGCUCCGUGCCACACGCCGAUUUACUGGCAGAAGGCGCAGCCGGUAGGUCGAUCUAUUCGGUCUGCGAUCUGUUCUCAGGAUAUGAUGAGGUACCGCUUGACCCUAGGGACAGGCACCUCACGGCUAUGCAUACGCCAUUGRGACUAAUUCAGAUGAUGGUCGUCCCUAUGGGUUKGACUAAUGGGGUAGCCGUUUUUCAGAGAGCCAUGGUAGCUGUCCUCAAGAACUUCAUCCCUGAUAAGGUUGAAGUUUUUCUGGAUGACUUCCCUAUAAAAGGGUCAGUAGACAGGGAUGAGAAGGAGGUCGUACCUGGAGUCAGGAGAUUCKUCGAGCAGCAUCUAACAGAUAUUUUCGCGGUGCUCGAGCAGCUGGACGAUGCCAAUUUAACAGUUAGCAAAACAAAGAGCCGAUGGGCCGUUUCAACUAUAAAGAUCUUGGGGUUUAUAUGUGACUCGAGAGGGCGCCGAGCAGACCCGGCGAAGUUAGACAAACUUCUGAACUGGCCGUCGCCGCUACAUAGCCCAACCGAGGUCCGGCAGUUUCUAGGAGUAGUCGGAUACUGGCGAAUAUUCAUACGGGGAUAUGCGGAGAAGGCUGAGCCAUUGAGGUUACUCCUUCGAAAGACUGAAAAAUUUUACUGGGAUGCUUCGCAGGAACUCGCAAUGCAAGAACUUAAGGACGAAUUUAAGGAAGGAGGGCGAGUGUUGGGUGUGCCAUUCUUUGACGAUGAGACCGAGAGACCUUUCAUAGUAUCCACGGAUGCUGGACCAUGUUCAGUGGGUGGUUUGCUGUCUCAGAAGGACGCUGAAGGGAAGGAAAGACCGUUAAGAUUCGAGAGUAGGACACUUAAUACGGCUGAGCAUAACUACAGUCAAUUCAAGAAAGAGGUGUUAGCUGUUCUACGGUGUCUAGAUACGUUCAGGCACUACAUCUAUGGGCGACGGUUCAUCUUGAGAGUAGACCCUACCGCACGAGCCAUGAAUGUCACGUUUCAGAACUUCGUCAAUAAGACGCGGUUAAUGCAGGGAAUGAUCAACUUCUGCGUCAUCGUAUACAUGGACGACAUCCUGGUCUAUUCGGAGACCUAUCACGGGCAUGCACAACAUAUCGAGUGGACAUUGGGUGCUCUGAAAGACGCCGGAUUCAAGAUCGCGCUCGAAAAGAACGAAUUUUUCCUUUCGGAAAUCUCGUUCUUGGGCUACGUCGUGACACAUGGAGGAUUGCGGCCUGACUCAAGAAAGGUCGCGGCGGUGAAGGAAGCUCAUGUCCCCACGUCGCUGACGCAGGUUCGAGCCUUCUUAGGGUUACCUUCGUACUAUCGUCGUUUUAUCGAAGGCUUCGCCGCGAUUGCACGACCCUUAACGAACCUGUUACGAAAGGACCAGCCCCUUAGUUGGGAUGCAGAGUGUGAACGGGCCUUCGCGACCCUCUAGGACGCUCUGGCAGCGACACCUAUUUUGAUCCGGCUGGACCCCGCG